AUGGUUAAGCCCCUAUCCUUCAAGGGCGAGAAGAAGCCCAAGAAGAGAAAGCGGACCGAGGCGGAGGCCCACGACCGAGAUGCGCCUGCCGGGGACGUCGUCCGCGCCGGCGCCGCCUCCGCUGCUGCACCGGAGGAUGACGCCGAUAACGACGACAGCUGGGUGUCUGCCGACGCGGUGACGGAUGUCGUUGGACCCAUCAUGUUCGUGUUGCCUACGGACCCGCCUGCCGCGUUGGCGAGCGAUGCCAACGGCAAGGUCUUCACGCUGGGUAUCGAGAACAUUGUCGACGGGAAUCCCACGAGCGCGGAGCCGCACGACGUGCGGCAGGUGUGGGUUGCGAAUAGAAUUGCGGGAACGGAGCAGUUCAGGUUCAAAGGACACCACGGACAGUAUCUUGGAUGCGACAAGAACGGCGUGUUGUCUGCGACGUCGGCGGCCGUAUCGCCGCUCGAAUCGUUCAACAUCAUCGCUACAGCCGAUACCCCGGGCACAUUUCAGAUUCAGACGUUGCGGGAUACGUUCCUGUCCGUCAAGCCGCCCAAGCCUAACGUUACGACAUCAGACGUACGGGGCGACGAAGAAACCACGACCUUCAACACCACAUGGCGCAUCAGGAUGCAGGCGAGGUUCAAGCCGCGCAUCAAGGCGAGCAAGGAGGAAAAGGCCAAGGAAAAGAUCAGUCGAAAGGAGCUGGAGGAAGCCGUCGGGCGCAGGCUCGAGGACGACGAAGUCAGAAAGCUGAAGAGGGCCAGGAGGGAGGGUGAUUAUCAUGAACAGCUUCUGAAAUUGAAGGUCAAGGGGAAGCACGACAAGUAUGGCUGA